AGGCUCAGUAUCAUGUGGUGAGAGCGCGGCGUAUGGAUGAAGAGGAGCAGGAGAUCCGUCGCAAACAGGAGGAGGAGAGGGAGGCGUUGCGGCAGAAGAUGUUAUCCGUGCAGAAGCUGAAAGAGGAGGAACGGGUCAAACAGGAACAGGAGCUCAUCCUCAAGAGACAACAGUUUGUGGAGCAGUCGAAGAGUAAACUAGUGUUCGCUGAAGUGAGUGAAGACAAGCCCAAGAAGGGAAGGAAGCGUUACGUCGAUGACGACGGCUUCGUGAACGACAGUUCCUCUGACGGCGAGAAUAAAGAUCGCAUUAAACGUCCGCUAAAUUUGGCCGAAGGAGAGGUAGGAGAGAGAGAACGCAAACGCAGACGAAGAAAGAGAGACCGAUCGGAGUCGGGAUCUGAUGCAGAGGUGAAGGAGAGGAAUGAGGAGAGAAGG